AUGCCGCUCACUGGACAAACCGUGCUCCUGACCGGAGCAUCAAUGGGGAUUGGCGAGGCCAUCGCAAAAGCCCUGGCCAAGGAGGGUGCCAAUCUAAUCUUUCUAUCUCGCUCUGAACACCAGAAGCCCAGGCGCUUGAUCCAGGAGGAAGCAACGUCACGCAGCGACGAGCGCGGGCGAUCUGGUAUUUGA